AUGGGACCCAACCACCUGUUCCCUGUGAGGACGACUAUUCUCUGGUCGCUACUCUUAUGUAAGUCAGUUUUCUGUCAUGAGAAGACCCACUCGCACGCUGAGGAUGAGCUUUUCAAGACGCUGUUUGAUGGUUACAACAAAUGGUCGAGGCCUGUGCCAAAUAUUUCUGAUGUGGUCAUUGUCAAGUUUGGACUGUCCAUAGCGCAACUCAUUGAUGUGGAUGAGAAGAACCAAAUGAUGACAACCAAUGUGUGGCUAAAACAGGAGUGGAACGACUACAAGCUUCGCUGGAGACCGUCUGACUAUGACAACGUGACGUCCAUAAGAGUGCCAUCAGAGCUCAUAUGGGUACCGGACAUCGUCCUCUAUAAUAAUGCUGAUGGUGAGUUUGCAGUGACUCAUAUGACGAAGGCUCAUCUAUUCUACACGGGCAAAAUUCGCUGGGUCCCGCCUGCCAUUUACAAGAGCUCCUGCAGCAUCGACGUCACCUUCUUCCCUUUCGAUCAGCAGAACUGCAAAAUGAAGUUUGGCUCUUGGACCUAUGACAAGGCCAAGAUCGACCUGGAGCGGAUUGAAAACACUGUGGACCUGAACAACUACUGGGAGAGCGGUGAAUGGGCCAUCAUCAAUGCUGUGGGGACUUACAAUACAAAGAAGUACGACUGCUGCCAUGAGAUCUACCCAGACAUCACCUACUUCUUCAUCAUCCGAAGGCUUCCCUUGUUUUACACCAUAAACCUCAUUAUCCCCUGUUUGUUGAUCUCCUGCCUCACUGUGUUGGUUUUUUAUCUGCCGUCAGACUGUGGUGAGAAGAUCACCCUGUGUAUCUCUGUGCUGCUGUCCCUCACUGUCUUUCUCCUCCUCAUCACUGAGAUCAUUCCAUCCACGUCCCUCGUCAUCCCGCUCAUUGGCGAGUACCUCCUCUUCACUAUGAUUUUCGUCACCCUGUCCAUCGUCAUCACUGUCUUUGUGCUCAAUGUGCACCAUCGCUCUCCCAGCACUCACAAGAUGCCCCGUUGGGUCCACUCCGUGUUCCUGGACCUGAUCCCGCGCUGGUUGUUCAUGCGACGACCUGCGCCAGAUGGCCGGCGACGUAGGCUGUUGCUGCUCCAGCAGGAAGCAGCAGUAGAGCGGCGGCAGGGCCGGAUAACCGGGUACAAAACCAGCAAUUGCCUCAGCACCUCAGCUAACUGGUUAAGAGACGGGAAUAUGUCGGAGGACCCUGAAAGAAGCUGCUACGAGGAUUUAGAGCUGGGAACAUUGACGUCAUAUUUCUCCUUCCGUCCACCUUCACCCAGACCUCCAGGUUCAACUCCACCGCCACUACAGAAAAACCCACAGAACAGCCAGACCCGGCAGGAGGGGGCUGGAGGGACGAACAGACAGUUAACGGGGACCAGAGUAAAUCCCACUCAGCGGCCAACUAAAGUUGAUAAUACAGUAUCAGACUCAGCAUUCCUGCUUUCACCAAGUGUUAUGCGUGCUCUGGAAGGAGUACACUACAUUGCAGACCACCUGAGGGCCGAGGAUGCAGACUUCAGUGUGAAAGAGGACUGGAAGUAUGUCGCCAUGGUGAUUGACCGCAUCUUUCUGUGGAUGUUCAUUAUUGUGUGCCUGCUUGGGACCAUUGGCCUCUUCCUGCCUCCUUGGCUAGCUGGCAUGAUCUAG